AGAUGAGGAUAGGAUCACGGGAUUGCUACUACGGGUGCUGGAUUAUCAUUGCCAGUCCCAAGCUGACAACCCACAUUUGCAUUCCAUCGGUUGGCUCCCCCGAAAAGCCAACACCCAGCAGAUCGAGCCGAUCGAUGCACGCGCCUGACGCCGAUGUCUUCCACAAAUCCCCAAAUCCCCUCCAAAAAUGAGAUCCCACUGUGCCUCUUUAUCCUGUAAUAAUCCCAUUGCGUUUGCCCCGAUUUCAUUUCGCUUGGCUCCCGUUCCGCCACGUGGCCCAAGUCCCGGGUCACCGUCCCCCACCCACUACUAUUACCUCCUCUGCCUUCUCCUCUAAUCCUCCUCCAUUACGCGCUCUCGAUCGGCCAUUGCUGCAGUGCCUGCCGAAACGAAGCUCUGUCAGGACGCCGACGUGACAACGGACGACUAAGCCAUGAUGGAGCUGCGCAAGUAUUGGGGCGUGGGCGGGCGCCGGUGCGGGGCUUGCGUGGGCGAGGCGGCGGCGGCGGCGGUGCACUGCCGGACCUGCGCCUCGUACCUCUGCGGGGUGUGCGACGCGGCGCCGGAGCACGCGGGGCGCGCGCACGAGCGCGUGUGGGUGUGCGAGGUGUGCGAGGCCAGCCCGGCGGCCGUGACGUGCAAGGCGGACGCGGCCGUGCUCUGCGCCGCCUGCGACGCCGACGUGCACCGCGCCAACCCGCUCGCCCAGCGCCACGUCCGCGUCCCCAUCUCCCCCAUCCUCGGCUUCCACGGCGCGGCCAUGGCCAUGCGGGCGCCGGAGCUGGAGGAGGAAGAGGAGGAGGAUCUGGCUCUGAUCAACCUGAAUGUGGAGGCGGGUAAGGGGGUGAAGCUGGACUUGCUCUUCUCCGACCUCGUCGACGGCCCCUACCUUGGAGGCGGGGGCGUCCAUGACUUCGCCGCGCGGUUCAACGGCCACGCCGACAGCUGCCUUGUCCCCAGCGCCGGCGCCGUUGUCGAGAUGGACUUUGCUUGCGGCAUCGGCGCUGCCAAGCCGCCGCCGCCGUCGUCGUACGGCUCCUACACCGCCGCCGCGGCCACCAACUCCCUCGGGCACAGCGGCUCUUCGUCGGAGGCCGGCGUGGUUCCGGAGGCGCCAAUCUGCGGCGCCGCGGGGAGCUUCGAGCUCGAUUUCACCCGAACUGAGCUUCAAUAUCCAGCACCCUACAACAUGCCGAUGCCGUACACGGCGGCUCCGCCUCCUCCGACCCACUGCGUGCCGGCUGCGGCGGCGGCGGACAACAUGGGGAUGGUGGUGCCGGCGGCGGCGACGGGGGAGGAGAGGGAGGCGAGGCUGACGCGGUACAGGGAGAAGCGCAAGAACCGGCGGUUCGAGAAGACGAUCCGCUACGCCUCCAGGAAGGCCUACGCCGAGUCCCGCCCCCGCGUCAAGGGCCGCUUCGCCAAGCGCAGCAGCCCCGGCGCCGACGACGACUCCGAUGAGAUCAACGAGGCCGCCGUGCCGCCGUCCUCCUACAUGCUCGACUUCGGCUACGGCGUCGUGCCAUCCUUCUGAUACUCGAUCACCGCCGUCGGCUUUGUACUUGUACCGAUCGAUCGACCGUUAAUUCGAUCAUGUACAUACGGUUAGGGGAUUAAUUAGUAUAGUUAAUCCCUUGGAGUUGAGCUAGCUCCAUCGCGCUAGUGAUCUAAGUUCCGGAACAGUAUUAUAGACUAAUAUGCUCGUAAAGUCGUAAUAUUUUGGAUCUGCGAGUACAAGCAGUAUAGCCGCCGCCGGCCACGAAUAGAUCAACCGUCGAAUCAUGCCGGUUGAUUAAGUUAUGGCAGCUCCGUUUUCACUGGUAAAUUAAUCAAAUCACCAUCGAUCCUCUCCUGCCCUGCA